AUGAUGAAAAGAUCAAUGCAUAUAUCUUAUUCUAUUGAUAUUACAAAUGAAGAAAUUGUAACUAAUAUUAUUAAAAAUAAGUUAGAUAAAGAAAUUGAAUCUGAACAAGAAUUAAUAUUAAGUUUAACAAAAGCAAUUUAUAAUAUUCAAAAUAUU